GAGUUGCACUUUUUCUCAAAAAAAAAAAAAAACUUCCGAGUUACACUUGAAAUUGAGAUAGUAAUAAUCAUAGUACUAUCUUUCAACUUUAUUUCAUCUUCCCAAACAGGCCCUUCAAGUGUUUUUUCUUUACCUUAAGCUGUGAAAGACUCCUGAACCUUUUUGUUUUCUUCCUCUGCUUCUUCUCGGUGACUUUGUGCUCUUAGUUAUCAUCGUCAACACCACCACCUAUAAGAAAAAUCCCUUGCCUAAAAAUUUGAUCUUUUAUCCUUCUGGGGUUAUAAGUAAUCAAAACUUAUGAUCUGGGUCAGUUGUAAACUGGGGUGAUCUUGUUAUAUAUUCUCAAACUACCUAAUAAGUAAGGUUUACACAUAAUCGGUCCAAGAUGAAGAUAAAGUUAGGAUUUUUACUAGUAAAUUUGAUGAUGGUAUGGUUAGAUUGUUGUAUGGGUAGAUUUGUUGUGGAGAAAAACAGCUUAAAAGUGACUUCACCAGACAAGUUGAAAGAUACAUAUGAAUGUGCAAUUGGUAAUUUUGGUAUUCCUCAGUAUGGUGGUACACUUGUUGGUGCUGUUAUCUACCCUAAAUCCAAUCAGAAGGCUUGUAAGACCUUUGAUGAUGAUGCCUCUUUCAAAUCCAAACCCGGUAGUCUGCCCAUCUUUCUCCUUGCCGAUCGAGGGGAUUGUUACUUCACACUCAAGGCCUGGAAUGCACAGAAUGCUGGAGCAGCAGCUAUUCUUGUUGCAGAUGACAGGGUUGAGCCUUUAAUCACCAUGGAUACCCCUGAGGAAGAAGAUGCACGUGCAGAUUAUCUGCAGAACAUCACUGUUCCGUCAGCAUUAAUUAGCAAAUCUUUAGGGGAUAGCAUCAAGAAAGCUCUAUCCAAUGGCGACAUGGUUAACAUAAAUCUUGAUUGGAGGGAAGCUUUGCCGCAUCCUGACGAACGUGUCGAAUAUGAGUUCUGGACGAAUAGCAAUGAUGAGUGUGGCCCUAAGUGUGAAAGCCAGAUAGACUUUGUGAAGAGCUUCAAGGGAGUGGCUCAGAUACUUGAACGGAAAGGAUACACCCAGUUCACGCCACACUACAUCACUUGGUAUUGCCCAGAGGCUUUUACAUUGAGCAAACAGUGCAAGUCUCAGUGCAUCAAUCAUGGGAGGUACUGUGCGCCAGAUCCAGACCAGGACUUCAAUAAAGGUUAUGAUGGCAAGGAUGUGGUUGUUCAAAAUUUACGCCAGGCAUGUCUUUAUAAAGUGGCAAAUGAAAGCGGGAAACCAUGGCUUUGGUGGGACUAUGUGACAGACUUUGCUAUCCGCUGCCCAAUGAAAGACAAAAAGUACACAAAAGAAUGUGCAGAUCAAGUUAUUCAAUCCCUUGGUGUGGAUCUGAAGCAGAUAGACAAAUGUAUAGGAGAUCCUACUGCAGACGUAGACAACACUAUUCUGAAGACGGAACAAGAAGCACAGAUUGGCAAAGGCUCUCGUGGCGAUGUGACAAUUCUGCCAACUCUGGUGAUAAACAACAGGCAGUAUAGAGGUAAGCUGGAUAAAGGAGCCGUCCUCAAAGCCAUAUGUUCAGGUUUCGAGGAGACCACAGAACCAGAUGUUUGUUUAAGUGAAGAAAUAGAAACAAACGAGUGUCUAGAAAACAAUGGUGGAUGCUGGCAGGAUAAAGCGGCUAAUAUUACAGCAUGCAAGGAUACAUUUCGUGGACGGGUAUGUCAAUGCCCAAUCGUGCAGGGAGUAAAGUUUUCUGGUGAUGGUUAUACUCACUGUGAAGCUUCUGGAUCUUUACGCUGUGAGAUUAACAAUGGAGGUUGUUGGAGGAAAACCCAGAAUGGCAGGACUUAUUCUGCUUGCAUUGACGACCAUACCAAAGGUUGCAAGUGUCCACCAGGGUUCAAGGGUGAUGGAGUUAAUAAUUGUGAAGAUAUUGAUGAAUGCAAAGCAAAAACAGCAUGUCAAUGCCCGGAAUGCAAAUGCAAGAAUACCUGGGGUAGUUAUGACUGCAGCUGCAGUGGAAAUUUACUGUACAUGCGUGAACAUGAUACCUGUAUAAGUAAGGAUGUUAGUGCUGAGGUCAGCUGGGGCUUUGUUUGGGUGAUCAUUCUUGGUUUGGCUGCGGCUGGAGUUGGAGGAUAUGCAGUUUACAAGUACAGAAUUCGGAGAUAUAUGGACUCGGAGAUUCGGGCAAUUAUGGCACAGUAUAUGCCCUUGGAUAACCAGCCAGAAGAUCCUGUUCAUCAUUCACAUGGGAACGUUUAAGUGUGGAACAUUUUGUGAGGAACGAACUUGGUCGUUAGUAUUAGAUUAUCCUAGACUCCUAUUGCAGUCUGCCUUUGUAUUUGUUUAUCAUGGUGUAGUAGCUCCUGUACCUGACACUGGAUCACCUAAAUGACUUGGUUUUGAUGUUUACAAAAAUCCUUGUAUGACUUGUAUUUAUGUACAUUAUUACAACUUGUUUACUGCA